GGUUUCUGCCUUAGACCAACUGGAGGUUAGUCUGCAGGCCAUGAAACAGCUGUGGAUUGAAAAGGUUGGCUGUGAUGUUGUGCUGGAGGCCGAAGACAGAGAAUUCACUGCCCAUCGGGUGGUCCUGGCGGCCAGCAGUGACUACUUCCGUGGCAUGUUCACCAGCGGCAUGAGGGAGUGUCAGCAGAGGUCCGUUUCAGUGCCAUCUCUUGGUAACGAGGAGCUGGAGGCGUUCCUCCACUGCUUUUACAGUGGAGCUUUGGAUCUCUCCUGGGAGCGGGUGUUUGAUCUAGUCUGUUCCGCCCUCCAGUUCCAAAUCCAGCCAGCCCUCUCUCUGUGCCUCGGUUUCCUGGAGCAGGAAAUAGAUGCAACUUCCUGUCUGGAUGUGGCGUCUUUUGCCGAAGCGUACGCCAUGGGAGACUUACUCGAGCUGGCAGACGACUAUGUCCUCAGACACUUCCAGGAGGUGUCAGUCACCCCUAAGUUCCAAGACCUUCCUGCAGAGAGACUCCUGGGAUACCUGUGCUGUGAUGGCCUGUGCGCUCCCUCCGAGCUGACCGUAUUCCGGGCAGUGGUUGCCUGGUUGGAAGCCGACCUUUCAGAGAGGCUACCCCAGGCUCGGAAGCUGAUGUCAGGCGUCCGCUUCCCUCUCAUGACCUUCCGAGAGUUCUGUGAGGUGCGUGCUAUCAACCUGCGCAUGGAGUGCAGUGCAGAUGGUGAAGUUGAACUGUAUGGCAUGGCUUUGAAGGACUUUGGCUUGGGAACGUCCAGCUCUGAAGAGUGCUUCCGUGUGCGGUGCCCCAAUGACGCAUUGGUGCUGAUCGGCGGGGACCAGCUCAAUCCAGACAUGGGCAUGCGGCUUCCCAGCAGGCAGUUGUGGUUUGCCAACGCCUUGCGGAGCGGAGUCGGCCUUGUGAAGGACAUAGAGUGGAGGACACUGGGAGAAAUUCCAGAACAGGCCCGUUUUCGACAUGGAGCUGCUGUCAUGGCGGGAAAGCUGUACGUCGUUGGGGGUUGUCACUUUUAUGCAAAGAACGACACCAUGAAAUCAGGCUUCUGCUACGACCCACUGCACAACACAUGGCAGAAGAUAGCAGACAUGCACGAACCAAGGAGCAAUUUCACAGUGGUGGUCCGAGAGAACGCCCUCUAUGCCAUCGGAGGAGACAAGGACAUCAACACAAACCUGGACAGCGUGGAGGUCUACUGCCCAGACAGCAAUUCCUGGAGAUUCACUCGCCCCCUGGAUCAAGCCCUCAGUGGCCACGCAGCCGUCGUGUGGAAGGGCGAGAUCUUCAUCUCAGGAGGCCUGAACUGCGAGUACAAGUGCUUGGUGUGCAUGUUCCUCUACCACCCCGAGAAAGGAACCGUCUACCUGUCCGACAUGGCGCACGAUCGGGCCCUGCACAGCAUGGAGUGCCUGGGUGGGCGUUUCUACGCGGCUGGAGGUGUGUGUAACUUCAGCAAGUUCUACACGGACCUCGUCGCUUGUGAGGUCUACGAUCCCGUCCGAGACUCUUGGUGCGCCGUCGCGCCUCUCGCCACCCCCCAUGUUGGUGCGGCGUCGGCCAUUUUGGAGGAGAAGCUGUACAUCCUGGGUGGGUACAGUCAGGAGGACUACAGUGAGUCCAAAUUGGUGCACCGAUACGACCCAACCACUGGACGCUGGCUGAACGUGGGCAGGAUGCCAGGCCCCAACACUGACAUAUGUGCCUGUGUGCUCCGCCUACCUGCCCAGCUGCGCCAAUGAAAGAGGGCAUGAGUAGGUGUGAUUGAUAUUUCAUCACUUCGAAAAACAUUCAAACGCUAAUGUGUUGCUUUUCAUGAACAGUAGCAGAUUGUGGAUGCCAGUUUGUUACUGGAUAAUAAAGAUAUCAACUGAAAUGUGAUGAUGUGAAAUGAUCUAGUUGAUGUGAAGGGAACAUGGGGGAAAAACCUUAUGUUUUCAUGCUGCUUCUAAUUCACAAGGACCUCUAGGCCAGAGACAUUUUUUGUUGUGUCAGAUAAGAUACAGGACAAAUGUUUACAGUGGUAGGUGUUAGUGAGAGUGAAUGUGAGGUGUGAAUAGCUUAACGGUAGCAAGCAUGUUUUUUAAAGAGCAAAAUGCUGUAUUUCUGAAUCAAUAUCAGGUGAAUGUGUGAAUUCAUGUUUGGAGUAAUUUAUAACACUAAGACUGUUUAUAUAAAGCUUGAAAUAUUUGAGAUACAGUAUGACUAAUCUGACAUGUUAACUAUGAAUUCAAAUGAAUACCCAUGUUUUACCAGACUUAAUUUAUUCAAUGUUAAGCAGGAAAUUAUGCUUCUUAGAAAGCAAUAUAGGCAAUCUGGGAAAUUCCCUAUUUGUUCCAAAUGUCAGUGCCAUGGGAAACCUUUGGAUCAAUACCUCUACGUUGGUCUAUUGAAGGGGUCAAAGAACGAGUUACUGUUUAACUAUAUCCUCCUAUUCCUAUCAUUGGAAAUGCCUGUCAGUUGAAAUAUCCUGUGCUAAAUAAAUAGAUUAUUUGUGAAUUAAUGUAUGUAAUCUUGGAUUUUCCCCAAUGGUAAAAUGUAAGUAAAAUGAUGUUUUCGAAAGAUUUGGAUCAAUAUCUCUACCUUGGUCUAGGGAAGAGGCCAUCGGACUAGUUACUGAGUAACUAGAUCUACCGAUAUAUAUGUUAGUUCAGUCACCUAGAGCUCCAACAAAUAUGCGUUUCAAGAUGGAGAGGACAGCUGUAAUACUAGUGCUGAUGUCACUAACCUGCAUGUGCAGUGGUCAGAGGCCGGAGUUCUUCUCCGUUGACAUCUACAGUGAGCUGAAGGCGCUGAGGUCGCUGGUGGGGGAGAUCUCAGCCAGGCUAAACGCAACACAGCGGGAGCUGGAACAAGAGAGAGCAG